GAAAUGAAAGGGGCGGGCUGUUCCUACAUUUCCUCCUCUGACCCUCCGCUACCCCUGCCAACUGGACACGCGUGGGAAACACGCAACAAGCCUCGCUGAGGAAACAACACCAUUAUUUUCUCGCUUGAUUCAAAGGAGAGAUGGGCAAAAUAUAUAAGGAUGAACAAGGCGACUGGAUAACAGUCUGUCUAAAAUACCUCCUUUUUGUUUUCAACUUCCUGUUCUGGUUGGGCGGUGGGGUGGUGAUGGGUGUCGGGAUCUGGACACUGGUUGAUAAAGGAGAGUACCUGAGUCUUCUGGCCUCCAGCACAUUCGCUGUGUCCGCCUACAUCCUGAUCCUGGCUGGAGGGUUGGUGAUGGUCACUGGCUUUCUGGGCUGCUGCGCUGUCAUACGAGAACAGAGGAGCUGUCUUACCACGUACUUCUCAUGUCUGCUUCUGAUCUUCCUUAUUGAGCUGGUGGCUGGUGUCCUGGCUUAUGUAUAUUACCAGAAGCUGAGUGAAGAGCUGAAGCAGCAUCUUAGCAAGACGAUGACCCAGAACUACGCUCAGCCCGGCAAAGAGAGCAUCACUCAAUCCGUGGACAGACUACAGCAAGAUUUCAAAUGCUGUGGGAGCAACAACUCUUCUGAUUGGACGCACAGCGUGUACAUCAUGUCCGUGCAGGCCCAGUCUAGGUUAGUUCCUGACAGCUGCUGCAAGACCAUAACCCCUCAGUGUGGAAAGAGGGACCACCCGUCCAACAUCUACAAAGUGGAGGGUGGGUGUAUCACUAAACUGGAGCAGUUUCUGGCUGAUCAUUUGCUCAUCAUUGGAGCUGUUGGGAUAGGCGUGGCCUGUUUGCAGCUAGUGGGUGCAGUUGUGACUGCCUGCUUUAUUUAUCUGCUUUAUAAAGAAGAUGAAGAAGACUACUCUGACGUUUGAUUGGCUAAUGCCAAUUUUUGACUCCCGAACAGCUAUCUGAGGACCAGAUAUGUGGGAUGGUGUUCACCUGUUGCCUACACAGGCGAAUCAAACUGGACCCAUACUGACCGAUCAGCACUUACAGUGUUUACGCCUUUACCAACACUACAAACACAGCCUUACUACUGUGCUUUAAUGCAUGACCAAACACAAAGCUUUAUCAAACCUAACAUACAUGCUACUUUUUAUUAUUCCCAAAGGGAUUGCGGAACAAGCUUGGUGUGCGUGCCUGGAAAAUAACAUUUCACUAUGGCCUUCUUAUAAAGUUACCUCCUGUAGUUAAUUAGAUAUUAAGGAGGCUUUUAGAAAAAAAACAUGUAUUUUUAAAUGCAGUUAUUUUUUUAUACAGUGUAAAGUAUAAUAUAUAUUCACUUAAUGUUUUUGUUUAUUUUUUAUAACCAUUUAUGUGCUUUAAUUUGAUUAUAUUAAAAUAUGUUUAAUGUGCUGCUAUCUCAGACAGGCAUGUGAUGUGAACCUGCUUAUGGGCACAAAAAAAUACACUGGACAAAAUGCUUUGGAAUGCAAAUCAUCAUAUUUUUUUAACAGGUACAUAAAUGAGUAGCAUGACAUUUGUGGAAAACUAUAUAUACUACAAAGGUCACUUGUUAUAAGCUUCACAAUUUAAUCUCACAACUGAAAUUGAUGUAAUAAAAUUGGCCAUUGCCAUGAGAAAAUAAUUACAAUAAUUUACCGUAGUAACUUUCUUUAGCGGUAUUUAGCUCUCAUGAUAGAUGUGUUAAUACUGCAUAAUCUUACUUUAUAUUUGCAUUUAUGUCAGUCAGAAAGGCCAAUAUCCCAUCUUUUAGCAUUGAUAGGAAUAAAACUUCUGGCUUUUUAAGGCUGAAUUUUCUCUUAGACAUCAGACCGGCAUGGAUAAAUGCAGUUUAAAACUUACAGAUAUAAUUAUUUUAAUGGGCACAUCACGUAAUGUUUGCUUGUCUGAGCACCAUUGCAUUGCUGUAAAUCAUAGCAACAAUGAAAACGUCAGUCCUAUUGAAUUUAAAUGCAAUUUGAGGAAAAAUUCUCUGCUACCAAUUUCCAGAAUGUUUAUAAAACAUUUUUGUGCAUAUAAACUCAGCAAAACUGGAAGAACUUUAAAUAUGCAUUUUCCAUGAAUUGUUGUAUAACUGCAUUGUAUGCUGAUUUUUAUUUGAAUUCUGUUACAUAUAGACUGAAUGUGUAUGUUUGUUAUAAUGUUACAUUAUUAUUUGCUCUGAAAACAAGACUUAAUAAAAGCCUUGCCUUAG